AUGGAGACAGCAACAUCCUCCCCUUUACCUAUUCAAUCAAGGAGCAAUAGUGACAAUUCUAGUACAAUAGUGCCGCAUAUGAACCCUUCAUUGCAAACGCCAUUGACCAUAUCGACAAUGGUCAAUCAAUCAAACUCUAGAGAAUUUAUGAAGUUAACUCCAGUCCGUAUCAGAGAUUUUGGGUCUCCCUUGAAAAACGUAUCCACAAAUCACCGUUUCUUAGACUCAGAUAAUGGUAGUAAUAGUACGGUUGAUAACAUGUAUAAAGAGAAUUUCAACCUCAUUUCAAGGGAAUUGGAAAAGUUACUGGAAAACCUAAAUGUGAUAUAUCAAAAUAUUGGGUAUUCUAAUACUGAGAUCAUUAACAAAGAGAAGCUCAUAUUCACUACCAUAUCUAACUCUAUAAAGCAAUUUUUCGAACAAGCUGACGAAGAAUUGAAGAGACUGUCCAUAGAAAAUGAAAUUGAACAAGAUAUCCUAAAUAACAUCCUGGAGGUAAUAAAUGACCCAAGCGGGAUAAAAACUAUUCCUGAUUUAUACAUCCGAAAUGCCAUUCUACUCCAGGAAAGCAAAACUGUACCACAAUCGCCUAAAAAGCCCCUUUCAUUGCUGAGCAAAAAGGCAGCACUAGACACUGCGAAGAACUUCGUUUUGGGAAAGUUUUUACCCCAACUACACAACUACUUGAAAUCUCUAGUCACUCUGAAAAAACUCACACAAUGCGUAAAAGAAGAUCUUCAAGGAUUGACAAGAGCAGAUAGUGACGCCCUUUCAGCAUUUCCUGAUUUGGACAUAUUAACAACGUAUAUGACACAGAUAGAAAGUACUAAAGAUGAUGUCAAUUCGUCCAUGAAAUUUAUCAGAGAUAACAAAAAGGAUAUCUUGAAGGGAUCGGCAUUCAAAAUCAUUGACCAAGAAUCUGUGAAACACAUGAAUGAGAUUAUAACAGUUUACGAGGAGGAAUAUAAAAGGAGGUUUAUAACCAUACUCAAAAAAAAGGACAUCAUUCUAUCAAUUUCUGAACAAAUCGAAAUGCCGCUGUCAACAGUAACAGAUAAAAAUUUUGAGGCAGAUUUGAGAUCAUAUGGAGAGAAAAAACUUCUCACAUCAGAAACGCCUGACCUAUAUCCUGUGGACGGAGAAAUAAUGUCUAAAAUUGACGCAGUAUUGAAGAGAAUGGAAGCAAUCCACAGUGAAAGAAUGAACAAAAAAGAUCUUUUAAUGGAACAGUGCCAAAAACUUUGGACAAAGCUUAAAAUCUCUCAAGAAUAUGUCAAGUCCUUUACACAUAGUCACUCAGGUUUUUCUACGGAAACCUUAGACAAGAUAAAUAUAGAACUAACAAGACUCGAACUGAUGAAGAAAAAAUUGAUCAAAAAACUUAUCUCAGACUCCUGGGACAAAAUUAGAGAGCUAUGGGACACGCUACAGUAUUCAGAACAAAGUCGGUCUAACUUUAUCAUAGUAUUCGAGGAACUGAGAAGAAACGCUGCGACUUUGCAGGAAGACGAACUUCUCUUAGAAACUUGUGAAAACGAACUAAAAAGUUUAGAGGAUAAAUUGAUACUUUAUAAACCGAUUUUAGGAUUAAUAUCCGAUUUUGAAUCUCUACAGAAAGAUCAGGAAUUUUUGGAAAAAAGCUCUAAAGACUCUUCUAGACUAUUAUCUAGAAAUUCUCACAAAAUUUUACUGACCGAAGAAAAGAUGAGAAAAAGGAUAACAAGGCACUUUCCUCGGAUUAUCAACGAUCUAAGACUCAAAUUAGAGGAAUCAGAGGGUCUAUUCGAUCAACCAUUUAUGUACAAAGGCAGGCCACUUCCAGAAGUAAUUAACAUUCAACAACAAGAACUAGAAGCAAAAUAUCCAAGAUGCAGGGUCAGAAUGCAGAGGUCAAAAAAGGGAAAAGAUGUUGUAAGUAAAGAAAAUAGAGUUCAGAAAACUACUCCCAAAACCACUCAAAACUCAAUCAGAAUACCAACAGAUAUAGAUUUGAACUCAAUAAAUAUGAUUCAUAAAACGCCUUCCAGAAACACGGUGAGKCAGUUUCCAAAAAGUGGAGCAUCUCGUGAGAAUUCAGUUCCUCGUCAUAUGCAGGGAACAACACGGUUAUCUAGUCCUAAAAGAAGAAAUACAAAAUUACUGCCGCCGACGAUAAUAUCGAAGGGCUCUAGAGGGAACUCACAGAGGCCUGCUUUGAACAGAGGUAAAUCGUCUGACCUUUUGUUAUCUCCUAUGCUAAACCAUACAGUAAACGAAUGUCCAGUAAAACCGCGUCAAUUAUUUCCACUUUCAUUAAACAAAGUCGACGCAAAGGGUAGUCAUAUUCCACAACUAACCAAAGAAAAGGCAAUGGAGCUUGUCAAACGAUCUGCUGUCCACACCGGUAAGGAGAACAUAAGAAGCCUAGAUCGUAAAGACUCAAUAGAAGACUAUGCAGCGAAACUGAGCAGCCCCUACAAGGAGUCUGAGCACAGCGUUUACAAACUCUCAAUGUCACCCGAUGGUAAAUUUCAAUUAAAUAUUCAACAGAAAGAUCUUGAAAGUGGAUUUGACGACACCAGUAUGAUGGAAGAUGAGAAUGAUAAGGAUUUUAUUACAUGGAAAAACGAGCAAGUGUCGAAGUUGAGUGGAUACUCCUUUACCAACGUUUGA